AAAGGGCUUAAUUAUCAGUUGUACGGCACAGCGUUAAACAUGGCCGCCCCCAGUAAGAGUCAAGCAGGAGCCGCCAUCAUAUGUCCCAUUACAGCUUUGAGAAACCCAGAAUCCUGUUCUCUGGAAUGUUGCCGGGUGGCGGCUGAUAGCUUAAAUGUCGCAAUUGAGUCUGCGCACCGGCCAUUCAGGAUGGGACGACCUAAUACUGCAGUGAGGCGGCGUGGCAGCACGAUCAAUUUCGGACUGAGGGCACGGAUCCAGCAUAAAUGGGAAGGGUCAGUUUGAGAAACGGUCAAACCUGGAGACCGGUGGAGGAGAGUGACCCGGCGACUACGGUGGCCGACUGGGUUCUUUCUGGCAAAGGUAAUGACCUAUGCAUCCGUGACAGCAUCCCACGAGUGAGCCUGGUUUCUGGCAAUCCAUUCUGACUCUGUGACAGCUGGGAUAGAUGUGACCUUGUUUGUGGUUGGAAAACAAAUUUACUGGGUGAGGAAACAGGCCUAGAGAGGCAAAGUGUCUGGCCUAGAUUCUCUCAGUCAGAGGAAUUACUUGGCCUCUAGCUUGUAUCUGAGUCAUUCCCUGGCUGAGGGAGUGACUCAGACACAAGGGUCUUUGUGGAAGUUCCCCCUGCCCCAGUCCCAGAGUGGAACCAUUACUCAGGUUUUCUGGGUGCCCUUCAGACCUUUGGCUCCUGCCACCUUGCUGCAUGGUAGGGCUCUCUAGCUCCUGCCAGCAGAGCCACAGGACGUUGGUCACAACAUCUACAGGAGGCCCUGCCAAGCCCUGCAGGUUCCAAUCCAGGAUCAUAUGCUGCCUUUAGGUGACACAACCCUUUAGUCUCCUUUAAUCAAGAGCAGUUUCUCAGUCUUCGUCUUCCAUGAGGUCGACAUUUUUGAAGAGUAUAGGUGUCAGAUCUUUUUCCAAGAACAGCAGAAAAUGAUCAACUACCAGGCCUUUGUUCAUGCUGCUCCCCUGCAUAGAAUGCAGUUUUCCAUCUUCCUGCAGAGAAGAAAGACUCAGCUCUCCAUAUCCCUGGUCUUUGAGGAAUAACCAGACCCUGAAAAAUUUAACAGACACCUGUGUCAUUCAAAGAUGUGGUUGUGGGCUUCACCCAAGAGGAGUGGCACCAGCUGAAUCCUACUCAGAGGGCUCUGUAUCGGGAUGUGAUGCUGGAAACCUAUAGCAACCUCGUCUCAGUGGGUUACGAAGGCACCAAACCAGAUGUGAUCCUCAGGCUGGAGCAAGAAGAAGCACCAUGGAUUGGUGAGGCAGCAUGCCUGGGCUGCCACUGUUGGGAAGACACCUGGCAAGUUAAUAUCCAGAGGAAAAGACGGCAAGACAUGAUUUUGAGGCAAGGUGCAGCCAUAAGCAAGAAAACACUGGCCAAGGAAAAAAGCCGUGACUAUAGUAAGUUUGGGAAAAUAUCACGUCUGAGCUCUGAUCUUUUUUCUUCAAUCCAGAGCCCUAAUAACUGGAACCCUCGUGGAAAGAAUUUGAGCCAUAAUUUAGACUUCACUGGUUUUAAGAGAAACUGUGCAAAAAAGCAAGAUGAGUGUUAUGGUUAUGGGAAAUUGCUUCAGUGUAUAAAUCAUGGUAGACGACCUAAUGGAGAGAAGCCCUGGGGAUGCAGUCAUUGUGAGAAAGCUUUCACCCAGAACCCAGCACUUAUGUACAAACCAACAGUAAGUGAUUCUCUCGUGUACAAACGGAAGAGGGUUCCACCUACAGAGAAACCCCAUGUCUGUAGUGAGUGUGGGAAAGCCUUCUGCUACAAGUCUGAAUUCAUUAGGCAUCAGAGAAGUCACACUGGGGAAAAGCCUUAUGGGUGCACUGACUGUGGGAAAGCCUUUUCACAUAAGUCAACCCUCAUCAAACACCAGAGGAUUCACACUGGGGUAAGACCCUUUGAAUGCUUUUUCUGUGGGAAAGCCUUCACCCAGAAGUCACACCGCACAGAACAUCAGAGAACACAUACAGGAGAGAGACCCUUCAUGUGUAGUGAAUGCGGGAAAUCAUUUGGCGAGAAGUCAUACCUCAACGUACAUCGAAAAAUGCACACAGGAGAAAGACCCUAUCGUUGCAGAGAAUGUGGAAAAUCCUUCAGCCAGAAGUCAUGCCUCAAUAAACAUUGGAGAACCCACACGGGAGAGAAGCCCUAUGAGUGCAAUGAAUGUGGGAAAGCUUUCUACCAGAAGCCAAACCUCAGUAGACAUCAGAAAAUUCAUGCUAGGAAGAAUGCCUACAGGAAUGAAAACUUAGUAAUUGUAGGAAAUCCUUGAGCAAAAUAUCUGGUUUCAUUGUAUGAAGGGAAUUUAUCCUAAGGAGAAAUCUUACCAUUUUAAUAAAUUUUGACAGUGUUUUAUUAUCAUGGAAUCAUGAUCUAAUUGUAACACAGACUUUUCUAGAAAAUACUUUAUAAAACAUAAGCAUGGUCACCCUGGCAUGUAAAUGAUUAAAAAUGUAUUAAAUGGAAUAACAACAGAAUACAAAACAUCUGUGAAGAGACUUAAAGGCACACUAUGACAUAUUCCACAGUGAGCCAUACAAUCAGCACUAUUUUUAUUUUGGAAUUGUAAAUAUGAAUUUAACAUAAAAUGUGAAUAUCACACACAUGUCACAUAAUAUAUAGAAUGCCAUUCACAAAACUUUUUCACUUUAAGUGUCAUCAUUGCCUUUUGAUGUCUUAACAAUACAAAAAAAUAACAAUAAUGACAUGGCCCACUAUUGUUUUAAAAAAACUUUAAUAUACCAGCUACAUUUUCCCACCUUUUUGUAAUGCAUGUAAAUGGCUAUAGAGGUUGUUAUUGUCCUCUGCAGAAUAAUAAAGCAGUGUUUUUUAAAUGUAUUUUGAUAA